AUGAGCAAGCAUACCAACUUUAGACGCCACAAUAUGGGUGGUCAUGAUGCAGAAGGGCUGAAGAACUUCUGGGAAAAAGUCAUCCAAGAGCAAACUAAGCAACGAGAAGGUGAAGAGUUUAGGUUAAGCAAAAGUGCCCUGAACAAACUCCGCCACGAAUGGACUCUGCGGCUGGAAGGCCGAGCAAGGCAAGUCCAGGCGCACACGAAAACGCAGAAAGAACAGAUGACACUGCUGUCCAUCGAGGCACUUCCCUCGCCAGAUAAAACUGUUGCUUAAAGUUACUGUGAAAACACAAGAAAGCAUUGGGCUUGACUCUGACGUUCUGCAUGCACCUGUAAACCUGCAGUUACACUGCUGAACAAGCAAAAGGUCAGAAUCUGGCCCUUUUACAGACUAUUUACUUGAGCUACUAAUAAACUCCUAAUGAAAUACAGUGCAAGAAUA